UAUGCUUUGCAUAACAGUAAAAGCAAAAAACUUGAUGAAUGGAGAAUGUACCAAGAGCAAGCUAUGGCUUGUGGAUUUGGCAGGCAGUGAAAGGCUGGCAAAAACUGAUGCCCAAGGGGAUCGACUCAAAGAAGCUCAAAAUAUUAAUAGAUCACUUUCAGCUCUGGGAGAUGUUAUAUCAGCCUUGGCAACUAAAAGUAGUCACAUUCCAUACAGGAACUCUAAGCUGACACAUCUACUGCAGGAUUCAUUAGGGGGAGAUUCCAAAACGUUAAUGUUUGUGCAAAUCAGCCCUUCAGAGCAUGACGUGAGUGAGACUCUGAGUUCAUUAAAUUUUGCUACCCGGGUUCGAGGGGUUGAGCUUGGUCCUUCCAGAAAGCAAAUUGAUAAUAGUGAGCUGCAGAGAAUGAAAAUG